AUGCUGUUUCAAUUGCAGAAACUAGAUGAGGUGAUAAAUGUGAAACUUCCAGUGAUGGGAGAUAAACUAUAUCAAGCUGUCUUAGGAAUAAUAGAUGGAUUUAAGAUCAUUGGAAAAAAUCCCAAAUCAGCCAUCUUUAAGAUUGGACUGGGAGUAUAUCAGGUAUAUUCUACUUACAAGGAGGCAGUGAUAUUGAAAAAUCAGACUGAAGAAGCUUGUUUCUUUUUGAAAGAUGAGAAGCCAUACUGGUGGAAUAUCACUGAUGAAUAUAAAGGGAUAAUUGAAGAGGCAGACAUAGCUAUAGAGACAGUAAAAACGGGAAGUCAAGAAUGGAUUGAUGAUUCCAAGGAAGAUCCUGUGUCUACAUUUACCAAUGGAAAAUACUCUAUGGCCAAAUUGAAAGAGGGUAUAAAGAAUGAAAUCAUUACUACACUAGAGGAACUGAUGAAUCCCUUUGAAACAAUUUUAAAAAAUCUUGCUGGUCCAUUUUUUGAAGCCUAUGAAACUGUUUUUGGGGUCAUCAAGUCAGUGAAAGAGGCUUAUGCCACUUUAAAAAAUGGGUAA